AUGGACAUCUGCGACGAAGUUCGGGCUUCUCUACAAAAUGGAGGAGAAACCUCAAAUCCAUAUCCCAAGAGUGAAUUGGGUAGUCAAGGUUUAGAGGUCUCUAGAUUGGGUUUCGGGUGUGGGGGACUCUCUGGAAUAUACAAUGCACCUCUCACUCAUGAAGCUGGGUGUUCAGUCAUAAAGGAAGCUUUUUCUAAGGGUAUCACCCUUUUUGAUACAGCAGAUAUCUAUGGAGUUUAUCAUGACAAUGAGAUCAUGGUUGGGAAGGCUUUAAAGCAGCUUCCUCGUGAUAAAAUUCAGUUGGCUACGAAAUUUGGCUGUUUCAAGACCCAGGGGGGUCUAGGAGUCAAAGGUACACCUGAAUAUGUGCGGCAAUGCUGUGAAGCCAGUUUAAAGCGGCUUGAUGUGGACUAUAUUGAUCUGUACUAUCAGCAUCGUGUGGACACCUCUGUGCCAAUAGAGGAUACUAUGGGAGAGCUCAAGAAGCUAGUAGAGGAGGGAAAGAUAAAAUAUAUUGGGUUAUCUGAACCCAGUGUAGACACAGUAAGAAGAGCCCAUGCAAUUCAUCCUAUAACAGCCUUAGAAAUGGAGUACUCUCUAUGGACCCGUGAUAUUGAAGAUGAUAUAAUUCCAGUCUGCAGAGAGCUUGGUAUUGGGAUAGUGGCAUAUAGCCCUCUUGGUCGAGGUUUCUUUGGUGGCAAGGCAGUUUUGGAGAGCUUGCCUUCUGAGAGUAUAUUGACUACACAUCCAAGGUUCACCGGGGACAAUCUAGAGAAGAACAAACUUGUGUAUUCUCGUUUUGCGAAUGUUGCUGCUAAGAAUUCCUGCUUCCCUCCUCAAUUAGCUUUGGCAUGGCUUCUCCAUCAAGGAGAUGACAUAAUCCCAAUCCCUGGGACAACCAAGAUUAAAAACCUUGAUGAUAACAUUGGUUCUUUGGCUCUAAAGCUUACAGAGGAGAAUUUGAAAGAAAUUUGUGACGCCGUACCCAUUGAGGAAGUUGGUGGCCACAGUAAUUACAGUUAUUUGUCAAAAUAUGAAUACAAAUAUGCAAACACCCCAACAAAAUAAUUGUAAAUAGAUAAACCAAAAUGCACGAAAUCCUGCCAGUAAAACCGUUUCUUCUUUGUCUCUGGGUUAUUCUAUCAAAAAAAUAUGUACAAAAUUAAGUGUGCAUCUUCUGUAUAAUGAUAAUUGUCCCUCCAAUUAUGAGCUUUUAUUUAUUUAUUAGGAUUUU